AUGACCUCGUGUACCCCUGACGGUCGUAAUGCAAGUGCCGCAGCACUAAAUGAAUUGGAUCUUCACCUUUCGCUUCGGGACAUUGAAAAUGUCGUGAGAUUGGAACGAUAUUCGCUGCAUGGAGAGCGACUUCAUUUACUCUACGAACACUGUAUUCGGGGAGACUUGCUUGAAGUCAUGCAGCAAGAACUUCGACUGUUAACGGCAGGCGUAUCGCCUCAAAGUUCUUCCAUCUUGACUUGCACCGAUGUAGGUAGACGUGGUGUUUUCACCGCGUUGCUUCAGGGUGUACAAGCACUACACAACGCCAAUAUCGCACACUUGGACCUGUCACCAGAAAACGUUUUCAUCACGGCAUCUGGUAUCGUCAAGGUGGGUGAUCUGGGUCAUGCUCAACGAUUCAAGCACGACCGACCAAGUGUUCAAGUUAUUCAAGUUGCAAAAGAGACUUACGCGGCACCAGAAGUGUUUGCUGAAACGGAAGUAGAAGAUGCGCGUUUAGUUGAUGCCUGGUCACUUGGCAUCAUCCUGUGGACAUUGUGUACUAAGCGUGCUUUACUACAACGCCCUUCAGCUGACAGCGACAAAGUUUUUGCUCGAAUGGUUGAGUGCGGUACAGCUUUUGCUCUUAAGGAGAUGGAUGUCCUAUCGCAAGUUUCUGCCACAUGUGUCGAUCUACUUGUUGGUCUUCUUGAAGUGAAUCCGAAAUUAAGACUUUCAGUCGCGGCAGCGCUGCAGCACCCGUGGGUGACACAAAAAACUAACAGCAAAUUCCAGUCUCGACGACAACCUAUCGGUAACAUGAUUAUGAAGAAGGGCGAAGCAUUGAUGAAGAAGCACCACUGUCCAAGCAAAAAGAAGACUCGAGGUCGCACUAACAGCGCUGGAAUUGCACUUGAAUCCACGCGUGUCACUCUCACGUCCCGAAGUCUAGCUCAAAACCUUAUGAACGAUUAG